AUGAAGCUCUCUGACGGUGAACCUAUUACCCCAUAUACCCUACUGGAGAAGCGGGUCAACGAAAAAGGAGAGAUCCUCGUAGGUAGCAGCGGUGUCUUAUUCACCGCUCGCGCGCAUGAAGCUGCCAUGAUAGUCAAGCGCCAUCUUUAUGAACGGCGCCCGCCAUGCAGUAAACUCGAUCCUCGAUUCGUACCUGGUCACACGGAAGGCGGACAAGUGUACACUCCCCCGCUCGUAUACUUCGGCUUCCCCUUGACCUUGUCGGAGAUCCAUGCCUGCGUAAAGCGUUUGAAUCUUGCUCCCUCGCUUCCCGAUCUCAGUGAUCUGUAUCCCGACGAACCCGAACCAGAAGAAACCGAGUCCGAGGGGCGCAACUCUCUAUUUCGAUCAUUACUGGUGCGCUACCUGAAGGACCGUUGCAGACAACCUUUUCUCAGGGUUGAACGAUGCAUCGGAUCAACUAUGGAGGAAUGCUGGAUCUUUACGCUCUACGCAAACACCGAUCUGAUUGAAGGAUUCUCCCAAGCCAGCCAGGAAGAACUGGAUGUUAUCGCCGCAGUGCUUCGCGAUGAGCAAGGUUGUGUCCCCCAAACCAAGUGGUGUUGGGAUUACUACGAAAGCGGAUAUGAUUACUCGGCGCCGUGGGACGACUAUAAUCUUUGGCCAGUCCGAGACAACAAGCUCUGGCGUCGCGACGGUGCCUUCAAUCGCAAGCGCAAGACUAGUGGUGGCUCUACUGAGUCAAAUGUGACCGGGAAAGAAUGUUCGGCACAGUCUGUCUGGAUACCCUCUGCAACUCAGUCGCAUGACGUAGGGAAGAUUGUCUGUCGUCAACACAUAGAUCAUUCCGUUCCGUAG